AUGGCCUCGCUAUUGAUCAAUGGCACCAAACACGACAUCAUCUCAUCCAACUUUGCCAACUCGCGCCAAACAUUUAUUAUCCCACUGGCCGUUUCGGACGUGACAGUCGUAGCCAAGGAUCUCGAACGUAUCAGCUAUGGCGGAGACGCAUGGGAACUGCGCGUCGACCUGCUCCAACCCACAGGCUCGACGGGCUGCCCUUCCAAGGAUUAUGUCGCCGCCCAAUUGGAGUUUCUGCGGCAACACUCAGACCUGCCAGUCCUCUUCACCAUCCGGACGCUUCCUCAGGGCGGCAAAUUUCCAGAGACGGCAGUAGAUGAAGCAUUGGAGCUGAUGCUACUGGCAGCCGAUCACGGGUGUGAAUACAUCGACGUGGAGUUCUCCUGGCCGGCUUCCCUGAAGCAAGAGCUGUCUCGGCGCAAGAAGAGUAGCAAACUGAUCGCUUCAUUUCUCGACUGGACGGGGAAUAUUCGAUGGACCGAUCCAGUCUUGCAGCAAUACGUGGAGACCAACGACUACGGCGACAUCCUCCAACUGAGCAUCGUAGCGACAGACAUCAUAGACUGCCAUGAGCAGGCCUUUUUUGUGCGCAAGUACCGGGAGAACCAUUCCAAGCCCAUCAUCGUCGUCGGCAUGGGCGAACACGGUCAGCUCGCUCGCGUCACGGGUCCCGUCUCUUUCGUCACCCAUCCUCUGAUCCCACUGCCAUCUGCCCCGGGCCAACUGUCUUUAGCCGAGAUUCACCAAGCCCAGCAUCUCAUCGGACAACUCCCCAGACGCAAUUUCUACAUCUUUGGAAACAACAUUUCUCAUUCUCUCAGUCCCACCAUCCACAAUGCCGCGUUCGCCGAGCUUGGCCUGCCAUACCACUAUUCCAUCCACGAGACGCCUGAGAUGGACGACAGUGUACGCGAAAUCCUCCUGCGACCAGACUUUGGUGGCGCAUCCGUGACAUACCCACAUAAGCGGAACAUUCCCCAUCUGCUCGACUCAAUCUCUGAGCCGGCCACGAAGCUUGGAGCCAUCAACACCGUCAUUGCACAAGACACCCCGUCAGGGCGGAGACUGAGGGGAGACAAUACUGACUGGAUUGGGAUACUGAAGUGCAUCCAGAGUGGCCGGCUGACCAACCACAAGACUGGUAUUGUUAUUGGCGCAGGCGGCGCGGCGCGGGCUGCGGUGUACGCAUAUCAAAAUCUAGGUGUCCAGCACAUCGCUCUGGUGAAUCGGACGAAAGAGAAGGCCGGAAGACUGGCGGCGGAUUUCCCCUCGCUUCAGAUUGACAUCUAUUCUUCUGCCGCAGAAGCCCCGGCGGCAAAUGUCAUCGUUGCUUGCAUCCCAGCAGAUGAUAUCCAAGAAGGGGAUAUUCCAGAUCAUAUAUUUGCGGAUGGACCUGGCCUGGUCAUUGAAAUGGCCUACCGGCCUCCGGUCACGGCCCUGAUGCGUGUUGCUAAGCGCCAUUUGGCAUGGAAGGUGCUUGGCGGCGUGGAUGUGCUGAAGGAACAAGCGUAUGCACAGUUCGAGCUCUGGACGGGCAGGCGUGCUCCUGUAUUGGCGAUCGAAGAAGCACUAGACAAGGCACUGGCCUCGCACAUAUAG